CACAGAUUGAGAUUUCUCAGCACAUCGGUUAAUGGAGAUGUUUCAAUUAUUACUAACUAUUAGCAUUAGUUUCAUUUUUACAAAGUUGUGUACGAAGUGGGUUUAUUUUUUGCCGUCAAUAAUAAUAUUAUAAAGAAUUGACACAAGAUAUACUUUGAAAUAGCCUGAAAGUUUUAUUCCAUAAUUUUUGGUAAAAUGGUUCAAUUGGAAUUGAAUUUGAAAGAAGACGUUUUUAGGUUUGCUAGUGUUAAGCAUAUUGAUGUUUUUGUUUCUUCAAACAUUGUUAGAGAACAAGAACCCAGACUUGCAUUUGGAAACUAUUCAUAUAGUGAUCAUGCAAAUACCGUUUUAAAAAUUAACCUAAAAACUUCUUUGGGUUUUAAUAAUGAAAUGCUUGAAAAGCUGAAAUUAAACACUAGAAAAAGUGAGAAGUUUGCAGAAGCAGUCUUUUAUCAAAAUUAUGAACUAGUUGGUGUCAUUAACUUUUCACCAGAAAAGUUAAAUGGAGGCCUGCCACUGCCAGAUGCCUUAAAGAAACUGUCCUCACCCAUUGUAUCCAUAGUUACCGGAGAAAGAAGCAAAAAUCCUAUGAUUUAUAAAGUGUGGUAUAGAAAUCAGCCAGUUCAGGAAUCGGUGGUAAAUACUGUACUUAUAAUUUAUGAUUUGCAGAAACUUGAGCUUUCAGAGUUGAUUAGGAAACAAUUCGUAAAUGAUACAACUUAUGAAGAAGGCCACAGAGGUUUUGUUGCUUUUUUGCUGAUGAAAAACAAUAAUGUCAUUAAUGAGAAGAGCAAGAAAAUGCCCAUAGCAAAACGUAGAACUAGUACUACUGCUAUUAGUAGUAGUAGUACUUUGCUGAGAUCUGAGUGGAGAACAGUUGCAGAAUUUUUAUUUGUGUGUAUUAAGUCAUCUGUAGCAAAUGUUUUAUUAAGUUUAGUUAUGUGGAUCAGCAAUAGUCACCAGUUUUGUUACAAAAUACUGUUUAAUAACAUUCCUGAAGGUACCAAAGAAACUUUAAGAAAAACAGCCACUGGACAUCAGUUUUACAUUCGUAGAAACCAGUUACUUUACCUUCAAGAUUCUCUUCAUAAGGAUGGUUCAGUUUCUCUCAGAUCUGGAAAUAUUAUAUCUUCAAUUGUGUUAGACCUUUGUCUUGGUUUCAUGCUUAUCUGUUUCCUUCUGAAAACGGUUAAAGUGGAUAAACUGUUAGAUGAUGCUUUAGAAGUCAUCACAGUUCUAGUAAACACAUUACAAGAAUUAAUAUUUUGGUUGAUGGGCGUCCCAGCUGGACUGAAACUGAACAGACCUUUAAAUGAUGCUCUUGGGCGCUUUUUCAUGUAUCAUAUAUAUCUAUGGAAAACAUAUAUAUCAGUACUUAAACCUGUCUUCACCUUUAUUUUGGAAUCUUUCAUUUUCAUUGGAAUUUGUGGAGUUACUUUUCAUCUCAGCCUUCUUAGUGAUUUAUUAUCAGUAGCUACUAUUCACAUCUACUGUUUUUAUGGCUAUGCUACAAGGUUAUAUGGACUACAGUUUUCUGGAUUAUCGGCUCUGUGGAGAUUGUUUCGAGGAAAGAAGUGGAAUCCACUACGUAAUCGUGUAGACUCUCAUGAGUAUAGUCACCGAGAACUAUUUAUAGGAACAAUGUUGUUCACAGUGCUGCUUUUUUUACUACCUACCACAUUGGUCUACUAUUGUGUGUUUUCAGUUCUUCGAAUCAUUGUUUUGAUUGCAGAAAGUCUUAUCAAGUGGAUGGUCAAAGCUUUAAAUCUAAUGCCUUUGUAUGUUGUCAUUUUAAGAAUUUUUAAGUCUGAUCGUGUUGCUGGGGAAGUUUUCUUUACCAUUUGCCACCAUUCCAGUAAUAAGAGAAACAUGACUUUAAAAAUGCAGUUGGUGCAAGUUCCCUAUGGUCAUCUUAUUAAACAAACUCUCCCUGUUGAAGAUGAAAACAAUAAAAGACUAAUCCCAUCUUGGACAACAUUAUUGGUAGACAUAAUUACAGGAAAGAUUAUAUACCCUUUGUAAAAUUAGUAAUGCAUUUGAAGUUUAUAGAAUAUUUAAAAAAAGUGUAAUAGAAGUAUGAAAAUUGUAUCAUAUAUCAUUACAUAAGAAAGUUUGAUACUGUAAAGAAAAUCUGUAUUUAAAACUAUUUUGAUACUUCUAUAUGGUACAAAGUUUUUAUAAAAUAAAUGCUUCUUAGAACCUAAAAUGAUAAUAAUUUAAUUGAUAUGCUGUUUUACUUAUAUAUUAUAAUGCAAAAGUUAUGGUUCUCAUAAAAAUUCAAAAUUAUGUGUUUGAAGAUUCAAAGUAUUUCAAAAUUAGAGAUACUGAGUUUCACUAAUAAUGUAUACCAAAAAUAUUAUCAUCUUCAAACUGAAAAUUGUAUGAGAUAAUUAUGUACAUUAGAAAUAUUAAUCAGUAUAAUAGGCAUUGAUUUUUUUUGAGUAAAAUAUACUAAGUUUUUGUAGACUCAGCUGCUGAAUGGGAUAUCUGUUUGCUAAUAUUUAAACACAGAUUAUGUUAAUGCAUUAAUGAAAUAUCAAAAUCAUGGAUGCUAAGUUUCUUGAGCAUGAAAGCUAAUAGGGAUAUUGACAAGAAAAUAGUACAAAUAUCCAUAGUUAUAUAUUCACUUCCUGAUUGAAUAAAAUAAGUGUAAAUAGUACAUUAUGUGUUGUUGUCAUGGUUAGUAGCCUAAAUGUACAAUUAUUAAUUAGUUUCUAGUUUAAUUUGUUACAUUAUUAUUGUUGGUGUUUUUUUAUUCUGUAAACAAACUACAUAAUACAAUUCAUACUGAAUAACAGGUAGUUUAGACAGUGUUUUACACCCUGUUAGAUGAAUAUGUGUAAAAAGCUAUAUUUAUAUAUGUAGAUAGAUAGAUAGAUAGAGUAAUAGAUAAGAAAUGAAUAUAUUGUAUGAUGUAACUUUGUUGAUAUGUGUUAGAAAGUACUGGUGUAAAUAAAUACCUGAUUUGUGGACAGUA